CGCCGCCGCCGCUGUGGGCGCCGCGGGCGGAGGGAAGGGCGGAGCGGCGGCUGCCGGGGCCCUGGCGGGGGUGGCGCUCGCCUCCGCCUCCUCCCGGUCGGAGUCCCAGCCCCGCCGAAGGGAGCCCGGCCGGCUGGCGAGGGAGGGCACGGCAGUCCGCGAAGGAACGGGGAGGGGAGAAAAAAAAAAAAUCCCUCCGCUCCCAGUUACAUCAUCCUACCUCGGUGGAUGGCUUGGCCUCUUGAAUAGUUCAGGAGUCUUGGAUGACUACACUUUAUGCAAAAUCUGGAAUCUUCCUUCCUGGACUCCUUUCUGUUUUCUAAGGGUUCAUGUUGGGGAGAGGUCUAAAGCGCAAGCUGAGUGACUAUGAGGAGAACAUGGCUGGUCUCUCGAGUGCCUUUGAUUCCAGUCGAAAUCUGCCAUAUCCGCUUAAGAGGCAGUUGGUGCUCAAUAUGUGCCUCACCAAGUUACAGACGUACAAAAUGCUGGUGGAACCGAACUUGCACCGCUCUGUCCUCAUAGCCAACACAGUACGGCAAAUUCAAGAGGAGAUGAGACAAGAGAGUAAUCAGCAGCCAAUUAAUGUCUGCCCUGGCAUUACUCCUAGCUCUCACAGCUACCCAGGGAUGGAAUCGUCUGGGAUUUCUCUUCAGUUGCCUUCAGGUACUAGUCAGCAAGAGUCUAACUGUUGCGACUUGCGGUCUGUAGAAGACCCAAUUGAAAAUAGCCUGCUGAUAGUUUCAGAUGAUGAUAUGUCAUCUGCCAUUUCAUCUAUUCUGAAGGAUUUAGACUUUGUAGAAGAUAUAAGCCCACCUACUUGUCUGGUUCCUACUGGAGAUGACCAGCCAAAGUUUCCAGAAAAUACUGGUCUAAAACUAGAAGAUGAUAGACAGGAUUUGAAGGGAGCUGAAUGUGUGUUUGGUUCCUUUGAGAUUUCAAAUUCAACUAGUUACUUGAAGGAUUUGGCAAUAGAUGACAUUUUUGAAGAUAUUGACACUUCAAUGUAUGAUUCGGACUUUUGCUGCCCUCCGCUAAUGCCGCCCAGACCACCAUCUCUUGCUACAGAAGAACCAUUGAAAACCUUUCCAUCUUGUAAUUCUUCUUCAGCAAGUAACAUUCAGAUAUGUAGAACAGAUCUGAGUGAGUUGGACCACAUCAUGGAAAUUCUCGUUGGAUCCUGAUACUUGUUUUACCCAAAGAUACUUUCUAACUGCCACUUUCGUUUGGUUUCAGGAUAAAAGCCACUGGAAAAGUUGUAAAGAAUUCUUUAAAACACAAACUAAAAAUAAAUUUGUCCAUAGUGGGAUUUUCUAAAUAAUUCCAAAACUUAUAAACCAAAAAAGUGGCAGAUUUAAAAAAAAAAAAAAAAAAAAAAAAAAGAGAAAUAUUUAUUUAUCAGAACUGUGCAAUCAUCUUUUUCCUUCCAGGGUGUAUGUGGAACAAUAGGCGCAUACCCUUAUCACCCCUCAUGCCUCUUUCAAUAAACUUUUUUAUGUGCAAUUUUUAAUUUGUCAGAAGAAUUUACAUGCAAAACAAAUUUCAUAUGAGAUGAUCUUUUACAAAGCCUCCACUUUAUUUUUAAUAUCAGAGUCUAUGCCAGGUUGGCAUACGUCGAGUUGCAUUAUUGGAUUGUGUGGAUUGCAGAUGCAUUACUAGAGAUGGGUAUAUUUUAAAAAUGAGACACACUUUGCUUUCUUUUGAUCAGAAAAGCAGAUCAAGACACUUAUCAACGAAGUCUCUUGCAUUUUCUAAAGCAUUCAGAACUAUUUAUUUUUGUAAAUUUUAUAGUCUUUCUACAUUUUACUACGUUAUUUCAUCAUAGUUCGAAUAUAAUGGACUUCUAGUUGGAUGUGUUUAGCACUACCUCUGAGCUGAAAUGCUUUAACUCUUUCCAGUGCUUCGUCUAAGACUGCAGAUCUUUUUGUUUCUAUUUUUUUCUGAGAGAAAGUACUUCUAACUCAUUAAGCUGAUCCUUUGACAGUGACCUAGCUGAUUUGUGAAAUCAAGGGUAUUCAAUGUUUAAAAACUUUUAAGUAUUUACAAAUGUAAUUUAUAUGUAGAUUGUGCAAUUUAACAUUUUUCUGUCAGUAUUACGUGCUUAGAUUUUUGAGUAAUCUUGGCGUUCUUUAAAUUAAAACUUACUAUGUACAGGUAGCUUUUUAAUCUGUUUUGGAAAACACUGUCCUUCAACCCUGCUUUCACUACAAAGUUUAAGAUUUUUAUGUGCAAUAUUAUUUAAAAAGAUACACAUUUGUAUACCUGGCAUUGUGGAAAGAAACGCUUCAAACUUAAAACUUCUAGCACCUUUGGAAGAUACUCAUGAGAGUCAACAUUUCUGUAUCCUUUAAGAAACAAAGUUGAGAACGCUUCUUACUACAACAGUGCUUGCUGCUUUGAAUACUCCUGAAACGCUGGGUGAUCUGUGGCGAGCACUGCUGCCAGGCAGCUCUGCUGGUGGGCGCUGGGGCGGCGGCUGCUGCAGGUUGCACUGGGGAAGGAGGGGGGUGCGUGUGUGUGGUGGGUGGGUGUGCACUGGCACACUGGUUAACUGAAGGUGAGAUUUGCAGUGAGAGCUAUUUUUCCCUAAGGCAGUUUGGAUACCGUGUUUCAGCUUGAACUGAGGUCUGUAUUGAUCCUUGCUGUCGUCUUCUGAACUACACACUUGCACAUUAGUUUUUGGGUUGGUUUAUUUUUUAAUUAUGAAACUCUUACUUUGUUCUUGAAAGCUGCAGCACCUGUCUUGUUAGAAAAUCUGCAGUUGUAAAAGCUUUGCUUUGGUUUGUUGGGUUUUUGGGUUUGUGUUUUUGUUCUUCUGCUGAGACUUUUUAUGAAUGGAGCAUCGGCAGAGUUAAAAAAAAAUGUUGCCUGCGUGUUGCAUCUCACAGAAGUUGAAAUCCUGGCCCUAUUGCAGGGGCCAGGGUGUCACCUAAUAUUUCUAGUCUUAACUGAUGCUCUGGCACACCUACCUUGUGCAAAGAUCUCCAUUUUUUUUUUACUGUGACUCUUUUGGUUAACAGCUGCCGAUACAAUUUGGUAUCCCAAACCAAUGGAGAACCAGUUCAGGUCACAUCCUUGCAGCCAUCUGGGUUGUUUAGCAACCGAAGGGUAUAAAUGUAUUUAUAUGCAUAUAAUGUAUUGAUUCUAAUAUAAAACUUCUGAUCUAAAGUAUUUUGAAUUGCUGGAUAAAGGGAUUUGUUUGAAGAGUGUAUAAAUAGUUCUUGAGGAGGUACAGCUUCGGAAUGUACACAGAUUGUGCAUUGUGUAUAGACUACUCUGGCUUUUCCUCAGCCUCUACUUUUGUAUUAAAGAUAUGACUGAAUAAAUCCUUGAAAUAUUAAGGGCCUUCUGCACUGUGAUGAAGCAGAGUUGUGGUUAAAAAUGUCUUUAAAUUCAGUGAUGAGGGAUAAAAUAAAAAGACUGCAUCUGAUUUCUUUUUGCAUUUGAAAAUACGGUAUGUGACUAUGCAGUAAAGAUAUUUUGGUAUGAAAAUUGUAUCAUGUAGCAAAUAGUGAACACUUAAUAAAUCCACUUGCUCACCUUGCAGCCCCUUCAGGAACAUAAGAGAAGACGACUUGCUUUUCAGCAUUUACACGCUAAAUUUUUUUGUAUACUUCAGAAGAUUAAAUUGUUGGUAGAGAUUUUAUCAACAAUUCAAAAUGCAGUUUUUGUUCAAGUGCUUGCUACAAAGCUCUGUUUCUAAUUGGUUGCUUGCAUCACAGUGCCAAGACCAUAAACUGGUAUGUAAUGCAGUUUGAUUAUGUAUGGAAUUAUGUGCAAAGGGAAGUUUAAUUUUUAAAUAUGCACAAACUAAUUUUAAAAUCCUUCCAUGUAAAAUGAAGUUAGAGGCUAGUUGUGGUGGACCUAUUUAUUGUAUGUUUGGAAAUAAAGCCACAGUUUUGCAGUUUAA